AUGCGCCUGUUGCUAUGGGUUUUAAUCUCGAUGCUUUCGAUCGCCUUAUCAAGCUGUGCCGCUGCUUCGGCUGAUUCGAAUGAGCGACUCGUGCGCGCAGUCUACUCCACGGUGAGAUCACGCGACCUUGCUACCGACGACGGCCCUAAACAUACCAAGCGAUUUCUGAGGGGAGAAAGCAGCAAAAUCGUGAAUUUGAAGCAGGAAGAAGGUGUGUUCGAAGAGCGGAAAGGAGUGAGCCAAAAGCUCACUAAGGCACUCCAAGCAAUCAAAGCGCGGUACCUCAAAUGGGAGCAAAAAGUACUCGUACCCGGGUUUAAGAAGAUGGCCGAAAAGGGGGUAACGUACUCGGAACUCAGAGACACCUUUCGUGUUAGAAUGAUGAACAGUGGCCGUUGGGGCACACCGUCGGGGUUCAAGAGAUACGCCAGGCUCUACAGUGAGUGGCUGCACAGGACUGGUCGCUCCCAUCUUGCAAAGUAA